AUGCUAUCAAAUGAUUCGACUCCAUAUCUUGGAGUAAGCCAACCGAUUUCUGUUGCUCCGCCAGAUGAAAAGGACAUCAAAUUGACUCAGGAAUUGGAUGAAGCUCUUCGUAGCUUGGAUUAUUUCGAGAGCGACGAUGAGCUGCUUCAACGGGUGGAAGUGCUGCGAAACGUGAACAUGUUGGUGAAGAAGUGGGUUGUGAAGGUUUCGGAAGCAAAAAUGCCGAGAGAAGAAUGCGAGAAAGUUGGCGGAAAACUGUUUACAUUUGGAUCAUAUCGCUUAGGUGUUCACACAAAGGGUGCUGAUAUUGAUUCCCUUUGUGUUGUUCCAAGGCACAUUCAACGAUCGGAUUUCUUCACGACCUUCUAUCAAAUGCUCAAGGAACGGGAGGAAGUGGCCGAUUUGCACGCUGUUGAAGAAGCUUAUGUGCCGUUGAUCAAGUUGAAAUGGAAGGACAUCGAACUGGAUAUUCUCUUUGCUCGUUUGGCACUCAAAGAAGUACCAGAUGAUCAACAAUUGAACGAUGACGUGUUGUUGAAGAAUUUGGACGAGAAAUGCGUUCGAUCGUUGAAUGGUUGCCGAGUCGCCGAUGAGAUUUUGCGACUUGUCCCAAAUCAAGAGAACUUUAUUUUGACACUUCGGGCGAUUAAGUUGUGGGCACGCAAUCAUGGAAUCUAUUCGAAUGUGGUGGGGUUUUUGGGAGGAGUCACUUGGGCAAUUCUUGUUGCUCGAAUCUGUCAACUGUAUCCAAAUGCGGCUCCAGCCAAAUUGGUCAAUCGCUUUUUCAUCGUUUUCAGCACCUGGUCUUGGCCACAUCCCGUUCUUCUAAAAGAUGUUGACUCAUCGCCAAGACCAGACAUUCCAUCGCUGAUCGAUUUGGUCUGGGAUCCAAGAAUUCGUCCAGCUGAUCGAUACCAUUUGAUGCCGAUCAUCACACCAGCUUUUCCUGAACAAAAUUCUACUUUCAACGUCACUGUUUCUACAAGGCAAGUGAUGAUGAACGAAUUCGCAGAAGCCAAGACGAUUACAUCAAAUAUUUUGAGUAAUACCAACACAUGGCAAGAGUUCUUCCAGCCUGUCAACUUCUUCACUCGCUACAAACAUUUCUUGGUGCUUGUUUGUGCGGCGGCUUCAAAGGAGGAACACCUUGUUUGGGUCGGAUUUGUUGAAGCAAACAUUCGGCAUUUGGUGGCAAAUUUGGAAAGGAACAGAGCUGUCAAGCUUUCACACGUGAAUCCAAAGCAAUAUUUGCCGAUCAAGCCAUACCAAUUUCGGAUUCCUGAAGUCGAUGAUCCUGUUUGCUCGAUGUGGUUCAUCGGACUUGAUUUCGAUCGCGAAUUGGCCAGAAACGUUGAUUUCACAAACGAGAUCCGGAAAUUCAACGAACUGAUUGAAAGCAAACGAAACACUCGUCGCCACUCUGGAGAAGAAGCCUACAAUAACAAAAUGCAGACGUUGGUGACAUAUGUUCAAAGGAAAAUUGUUCACAAAUGGUUGACAAAGAAGGAUAUGACGCAAGGAAGGAAAGUCUCUGCUGCUCCAAUCACAAGACAACCAAGUGUUGGAUCAAGCAGCCAGGCAUCCCCGGUGCCACAAGCAAACAGCGAGCGAAUGCGGCGAAACUCUGCAAACAUUUCCCUGGAUUCGUCGGCAUUGUUGGAAUCUCCAUCAACCUCUUCUCAAUCGCCAGCAAUCUUCGCUUCUCCAAUCGUCACCACGACGGUUUCAAGAUUUGCGGAAAAUGAGGAGCCACCCGAGAAAAAGAUGUGCCAUUCAGCGUCGAUGCCCAACAUGCCACCACAAGCCACAUCGGAUCGACAAGCUGCCCCGCAAUUGCCCUUGGAAAAUCCCGAAAACGCGAAUGCGGAACAUGGCGAUAAUUUGAUGCUUUUGAACAACACUCGAAAGGAUGAGUCGGAUUUCAACUGGAUUUGCGAGCAGUCAAAACGAUCCGAUUCGACUGCUACAAAUGGAAAUCAAGAUUCUCCAAACCCAAUACAUGUU